AUGCAUAAGAAUGCUUCUUUCUUAAAAAAUCCAAUCAAUCCAUCAGUCUCUAAUCUAUUACAAGUCAGGGGAAGUUUUAAAAAAUUAAAUUACCUAUUCUAUACUAAUAUGGUGGAAUCUGCACAAAGAAGAUUUGAGGUCAAGAAGUGGAACGCGGUUGCAAUGUGGGCAUGGGACAUCGAGGUAGAAAACUGUGCAAUUUGUAGAACUCAUAUCAGCGACCCUUGCAUCGAUUGUCAAGCUAAUCAGCAAUCAGCUACCUCUGAAGAAUGCAAUGUGGCAUGGGGAGUUUGUAAUCAUGCUUUUCACUUUCACUGCAUUUCCCGUUGGUUAAAAACUAGGCAUGUAUGCCCACUUGAUAAUAGAGAUUGGGAAUUCCAAAGACUUGGUAAAUAA